AUGACGACAAGCAAAAAUAAGGUGGAAGCGUUCAUGACAUCAUUCAUUAGUGCUGCAUUCGAGUCACCAACGUUCUCGGACCUCUGUAGGCAUGCAGUGAAAUUUCCAAGUGAUGAGAAUAUAUGGUCGUUGGUUGCUUUCGAAAGGAAAAUAUUGAAUUCGGACAUGGUAAUGUUGUUAGCGACAUCCCCUGCAUGCAUGAAUCGAUUGUGGAUGUUAUUAGUGAGUAUGGAAUCGCGUUGCUCCUCUGGUCGACUCGUGAAUAAUAUUGAUCUGCUCAAAAUGGGUAAGGAUGUUGGUCUGGGAUUGAUCGAUCUAGCGUUCCCUGAAGACUUUUUUGCUACAGCUAAGGCAGCAGAGGAGAAGACCCGUGAUGCAGCAAAGGAAUCUGUUGAGUGA